AUGGGAAGGUUUGAAAAAUACACGAUUGGCUGCUUGAUGGUCGCAUGUUUGGUCGGAGAAGCCAUUGCCUUUUCAACGCCACAACAAACGAUUGUUUCUAGCACACAACUCAAUGUUAUUGGUCAACAAGCCGAAAGUUUUGGGCCUGCACAAGCCAUUCGAAAAUUCAAGGAUGCCCUUCCCCAAAUCGAUUGGCUCGCCGAAGGACAUGGAAGCCCCGACAACAAGGUCAAUAUGCCCAACUACGUCAAGAAAGUCUUGGCCCAACCCACAGCACCCAAACGCGAAAACGAGAGCGAGGACAGAACUCACCGUAUUAGGAGUCGUUACCAAGAGGCAGCUGCGGAUGCUGCUGCUUUGAAAGGUAUGUGCGUGGGGGAAAAGGACGAACAAGCUUGGUGGAGACAACCCAUAGAUAUUCCUGCUGGUGGUCGUGCUGUCACCAAGGAGGAACCCCUCCGUGUCUUGGUAGCUGGAGGUGGUCUUGCUGGUUUGGUCACUGCCGCUGCCUGUCACGCCAAGGGGAUGAAAGUGGCCAUUUUCGAGCAAGCAUCUUCUUAUGCCCCCUAUGGAGGACCCAUUCAAAUUCAAUCCAACGCACUUCGUGCCAUUCAACGAAUCUCGCCCAAGUGUUACGAAGAGUUGGUUGAAGCCGGAACUGUCACUGCCGAUCGUGUUUCUGGACUCAAGAUUGGAUACCGCAAGGGAAACAAGCUGGCAGGACUUUAUGAUGCAGGUGAUUGGUUGGUUCGAUUCGAUACCAUUGGACCUGCUUUGGAAGCUGGUCUUCCGGCCACUGUCGUGGUCGAUCGUCCUGUCAUUCAACAGAUCAUGGUCAAGCAUGGCCUUCCUGAAGGAACUGUUCGCAUCAAAUCCCGUAUCCAAAGCUACGAAGACUUGGGUGAUGGCAGAGGGAUUGUCGCCACUUUGGAAGAUGGCACCAAGGCCUACGCUGAUGUGCUUGUCGGUGCCGAUGGAAUUUGGUCGCAAAUACGCAAGAUUCUUCAUGGUUUGGGAGAAGGGGCUGGUGGAUUUGCUGCUUCUGGUGCUGCUGGUGGUGCCAUUGACGACAAAGAGGCCCGCAAAUUGGCCCGAGAUACUGUCAAGAUUGCCGCCCAAGCCGAUCGUCGAUUCUCUGGUUUCACUUGUUAUGCCGCUCUGGCACCCCACCGCGCGUCCAACAUUGAAGAUGUUUCGUAUCAGAUUUUGCUUGGAGAAAAGAAGUACUUCGUCAGUACCGAUGGAGGUGGUGAACGUCAACAGUGGUUUGCACUGAUCCGAGAACCAGCCGGAGGUGUCGACCCCGAACCAACCCCAGAAGAUCCUACUCCCAAGCUUACACGGCUUCGGAAGGAGUUUGCUGCUAUUGGAAGUGGCGGGGAUGCUGAUGGAAAUGAAUGGGACCCCUUUGCCUUGGAAUUGAUCAACGCUUCUUCCGAAGAAGACAUUAAGCGCCGAGAUUUGUAUGAUGGAGCCCCACUAUUGGCUACCCCCGAUGUCCAGCGUUUGUGGAGUCCAUGGGCCAAGGGACCAGUCGCGCUUUGUGGAGAUGCCGCUCAUCCCAUGAUGCCAAACCUUGGUCAAGGUGGUUGCCAAGCCACCGAAGAUAGUUUCCGUCUUGGAGAGGAACUUGGUGAGGUUACUCAUACCAAGAACAUUCCAGGAGCCUUGGGCAAGUAUUCCCGAGUCCGCGUGAUUCGAACAGCCAUUAUCCAAGGCUUUGCUCAAUUGGGAAGCGAUUUGCUAGUGGAUUUUGACUUGAUGAUGACCAUUCCGUUACUGGGACCCUUCUUCCUAAAAAUGACACAACUUUCCAUGCCAUGGAUCUUGCGAUUCUUGUACACUUCCGAAUUUUAA